CGGCGUAUAACCCGACCCGACUCUACUCAACGUAACAGAGCAGUCUGAGGUCCAGUCAUCUCAUACUGACUCACUCCAAGGUGUCCUGACACAGCUAGUAAAAAGGUUGCACAGUGAGCAUGAACCUGAGCCUCCCUGACCAGAACAUGCACAACCCCAGUGACAGUGGUCUGGAGGAUAACAAGGCUGGGCUCAUGAUCCCCUGCUUCCGUAGAAACAUGUACGAUGAGCCUCUAAUUUCAUACUCCAAUGGAUCCAUCAUCUCUCACCUCCUGCGCAAAACCAUACACAACAAGAAGGCUCUGGACGAAAGCCAUUUCUACCUACCCACAUCGACUGUGUCCAGCUCCACAAUGGCUGACUCCAGUCAGGAGGACCAGAGCAGUGUCUCAUCCAAGGACAGCGCGGCAGAGUCUGCAUCCCCAGGCAGGCACCUCUUGACCAGGGUCAGCCCUGAGGAGGACAGGCCCCUGAGUGAUCACCUCCAGGCCAAGCGUGCCCGUGUGGAGAACAUCAUCCGCAGCAUGGCGGGGUCUCCCAACAGCAGGCUCCAUGGGGACAGUGAAAGGGCUGAGUCAGACACCAGGGAGGCUAGAGAGGCCUACAGGGAGAACAAACGUAAGCAGAUGCUCCUCCAGCAUCAGGAGCACAGUCUCUAUGCGGCAGCUCCAGCUAACAGAGGCAGCAGUAGCAGCAGCAGCAGUAAGGAUGAAGAGUGCCACAAACUGAAGGUGCAGCUCCAGAGCAUGCAGAGAAUCCUGAGACAGCUCCAGGAUAAGUUCUUACAGGUUUAUAACCAGGACGACGCUGUGCACGAAGACAGAGAUGACACAGGCACAGCCAGCCCUCCUGAAAAUGAUGACACCACACCAAGCAAAGAGUCUGGGUUCAUGUUCCGUAUAAACAUGGAUGAGGAGUUAGAGAGGAAGCAUGACAGUGGUAAAGGGGGCUGUAAGGACAGAGUGAAGACAGACAGAAGUUAUCUGACACAUCAAAGGGGAGGCAAGAACCUACAGGAGACUCUGAAGCAUGAGCUCUCCAAAGCGAUGAGUGAGAGUGUAGAUAGGGUGUUCAAGAAACUCUCCUCCACAGGGCUCAACCAGUCAUCUCAUCAGCGCAUGUGUCACACCCCGGAGCACGUCAUUAUGGGAGCUGAGAGGAAGAGCCAGGCACCCUGUAACCAGGAGCAAUCACACACUGAGGAGCCAGUCAAACCCCAGGCUCUAGAGCACUAUGAGAGAAGUGAGGCUUGCAGUCCUAAGGAUCAGACCGAAGCUCUGUCUCUAGUGGUCCGUAAGCCGCCCCUGAGCCAGCUUAGCUCAGUUACCCCGACGGUGAAGAGGCCCUAUCCCUUACACCAGUCUCCAUUCCAGUUCAACUACAGCACACCUCUCCAUGACAGUCAAAUGCUGGAACACCUCCUCAAAUACGGGCCCCACACUAACUUUGGAGGUCUCCCAUGCAUGCCCCCAUCCAUGGACAGAACGUCACCAAACUCGGUGGACCUACCCUGGUCCAUGAGGUCCAAAGUGACAUCCAGCCACCUGGCCCACCACCAUCACCCAUCAGGCCUGGGUCCAGUGACCGUGGACAGUCUGUGUCUCCCUCAUGUCAAGAUGGAGUGUGGGGACCUGCAGAGCAUAGCAGAGAGAAACUCCUACAUGUCUCUCAACAUCCAGCAAGGCCUAACCCCCAACCAUCUGAAGAAAGCUAAGCUGAUGUUCUUCUACACCCGUUACCCCAGCUCCAAUGUGCUGAAAACCUUCUUUCCAGAUGUCAAGUUCAAUCGCUGCAUCACCUCUCAGCUCAUCAAGUGGUUCAGUAACUUCCGGGAGUUUUACUACAUCCAGAUGGAGAAGUUUGCCCGCCAGGCCAUAGUGGACGGGGUCAGGGAUGUGAAAGACAUGUCCAUCAGCAGAGACUCUGAGCUGUUCAGAGCCCUCAACAUGCACUACAACAAAGCCAAUGACUUCCAGGUUCCUGAGAGAUUCCUUGAGGUUUCUGAAAUUACUCUUCAGGAGUUUUUCAACGCCAUUUCAACUGCUAAAGAUUCUGACCCCUCUUGGAAGAAGGCAAUCUACAAGGUCAUCUGUAAGCUGGACAGUGAUGUCCCAGAUGAGUUCAAAUCAUCCACCUGCCUAUAGACAGAGCAAGCAAAAGCCAUGCUCAAGGAAGGAAGGACAUUUUGAAUUAAUUGGAUUUUAGUGAGGAAAUUCUGGAAAAAAACAUGAUGUUGUGAAUGACGUAUUAUACACUGCAGGAACCUACUUAUGGCACACAUUUUUUACCGUCUCAGUAAACACAUUAUAAUACUGCUUCAGCUCUCUCCUAUGAGUUUUUGGUAACACACACUUGACACCAAGGUCAUAACCAUGUCAUAAUAUCUCACAACAGCUGAUUAUGACACCUACAUAAGAGGGUCACAACCCACAUGUAUUCAAAAUCUUUUUUUUUCCCUGCCAAGAAGUUUCCUUUUUUUCGAAAGUUUGUUUCUUCAAUAUUCUGUUGUUGUUAUGAAUUCUUUAGUCAUGUUUAUUUCUCCAUCAUAUUUUAAAUAACUUGUGGAAAAUACACUUUAUGACACUGUCAUGAAGCAUUAUGACCAUCAUAAUCAUAUAAGCCAAAAAGGCCUAUCACGUACAUGCCCAGUCAUCAUCAACAGAGCAUUGGGGUAGGUGCAUGUCUGACAUCAAUGUUUGCGCAAUUACAAUGCUAAUUCAAUAUGUUCAAUUAAAAAAUAUAUAUAUAUAUAUAUAUAACAUAAACAUACUGUUGACACGUAGGCUAUGGUGUUAUGGAAUGUUUUGCCUUGUGUGGUAGGUUUUUGCCUUGUGUGGUAGGUUUUUG